AUAAAAAGCCUCUAUCCCAUUUACCGCGGGAAUUUUGGUCCCCAGUGUGUUAUAAACAAUAUCGCAACUCGGCGGAAUACCAGAAAGUUCAGCCCAAUGAGUGACAGGCACUCCAAGAGCAUAGUAACCUGGAGACACUGUCCCAAUGAUGAGCAGCUAUUCGCCACGAACAGUUUGUCGUUUCUACUGGACUCCUGGAGGUUGCUGGUAUGGAGAAAGAUGUCGAUAUUCCCACGUUGAGAACACACAACAGGACACGGAGUCCAGGCCGUACUGUAGUUACUUCAUGUCUGGUAACUGCAGAUUUGGCACAUCUUGCUUCAACAGACAUGGCCCUUUGGACUAUCAAAUGAAAACUCAGGAUCUCUCUGAUCUGGAUACUUCCUCGUCUAUUCCGGCCACAUCGGAGUCGGACCAAUCAAUGCUGUCCAAUGCAACUCCAUCUACUGAUGUCACUGAAGCAUCAUCUGAUUUCAGCCAAUUAGAUGCAGAUUUGAGUCGCAGCAGCGAGGAAUGUGUAAAACCGAGGCGCAAACCCAAAGAAAUAUCUUGUGGGCAGUGCAGUCUCUACUAUGAGGGCUCUGAUGCCUACGACAACCUGAAGCAGCACUACAUGGAGAACUUGAGUCGUAUGGAUGGCAGACACACAUCAUUCCUCGCCAAGGGCAUUUUUCGUAGAUUUGCCGUCUGCACAGAAUGUGAUCGCCAUUUCAAAAAUGCUCAUGCCUUUCUCCAGCAUAUUGUUGCCAAAGCCAAGAUCACAGGUUCUGCACAGAAGGAACAUUCCAAUGACUUGGAUUGUGUGGCCCAGAUGUUCGUGGAUCGCGACGCUGGCAAUGACACAGAGAAGGACUUCACCCAGUUUAUGUGUGACUACCUGACUGCGGAGGGAGCAGACUCCACGGAGGGGGAGGUGGAUCUGGAAGAUGAAGAUAUGAAGUACCUGGGUCGAGAGUUGUCUCUCAUGAAUCCGUUCCAUAUUGAGGAGUGCGAUGAUUCGGAUGACAAUUAUGGUGUGCUAGGAUUCGAUGAAGAUGAAGUGUAUGAGAUGCUGUGCCAGGGCAUCAAGCCAUGGGACCCUGAAGCUGGAGCUGCCUUGGCCGUGUUGAAUGGAUAUGACGACUUCUAUUGACUGGCUGUUUGACAAUAGCAUCACCAUGUGUGUUAGGGGAGGAAACUAAUCUUGUUUUGAAACUGUGAUACUAGUUUUGUCGGUGCUAGUGGAUUAUGUUUGAUAAUUGAAAUUGUUUAUGUUGAUCUAUACAACCUUUUUUCAAGCCUUGCGUCUUUUCAAUUGGUCAAUUAUAUUACUGGCAACACUGAGAUGUCAAGUUUGUAGACUGACCCAACUUGAUUAGGACGGGUUAAUUUUUCCUUCUCAGCUUCCUGAAAAUUGUGAAUUGUUCUGCUUUGUUUGUCUCACAGCAAAAUAGGAAAGUCGUGCGACAGCUUUGGGGUUUGAAAAUUGAAAUGUUUAUCAACACUUGUUCUGAUAAUGAAAUUAGUAAUAAACACCAAUUGUUGUGGUAAUUAAGAAUACACAA